AUGGAGGUUUACCAGUUUCCGUGUCUGCAGGACAACUACUCGUUCCUUCUGCACGAUCCCUCCACCGGCGCGACCGCGGUGGUCGACACCCCCGAGGUGGCACCCAUUGAGGCUGCGCUGAAGGAGAAGGGCUGGAAGCUCACCCACAUCCUCAACACUCACCACCACUGGGAUCACACCGGCGGCAACGCGGAGCUCAAGGCGAGGCACGGCUGCGUCGUGAUCGGUCCGAGCGGGGAGAGGAAAGGCGAGAUCCCGGGCGCGGACCGCGCCGUUCGCGAGGGCGACGAGGUGGCUGUCGGAAACGUAGUCGCCAGGGUGCUGGACACCCCGGGUCACACCGCGGGCCACGUCGUGUACCAUUUUCCCACCGAGAAGAAGGUGUUCGUCGGGGACACCAUGUUCGCGAUGGGUUGCGGCAGGCUCUUCGAGGGCACCGCCGACCAGAUGUGGAGCUCCAUCCAGAAAAUAACCGCAAUGCCGCCGGACACAGAGGUGUUCUGCGCGCACGAAUAUACCCUGUCGAACGCCAAGUUCGCGGUGUCGGUCGAGCCCGACAACGAGGCACUGCAGGCGAGACUGAGGGAGGUGGAGGUGAAGAGGGCGAAAGGGGUGCCGACGGUGCCCACCACCGUUGCGCUGGAGCUGGCGACCAACCCCUUUUGCCGGCCCGACAGCGUCUUACUGAGGAGGACACUCGGGUUGGAGGGCGCGGACGACGUGGCGGUGUUCGCGGAGACGAGGAGACGGAAAGAUAAUUUCUAG